AGCAACAGGCGGAAUGAGUGCUCCAAGCGACAACGAAGAUGAAUACGUCGAGCCCGUGUACCUCGAGCUCGAAGGACGGGAGAUGUACUUGGUGAAAUUACCGAAGGAACUGGGGUCGUCGUGGAAGACCAACGCAGACAGUGAAAUCGUGUUGGGGACCCUCAAAAUGAACAAGCGCGAUGCGGCAGGCAACCGCAAGGGCCAGCUGAGCGUGAAUCCGUCGACGUUGUCGGAAGAAAUCCCGUUGGACUAUCGCACGGUGUUGGCCCCGUCGAACCUAUCCAUGAAGGUGUUUUCUCAAGAUGGGUCGGGACGCAUGGCGAUCGAGGGCAAGAUCACCGAGUCGUGCACGUUGAUGCCCCAACCGGGCGCGUUGUACAAGAAACAACUCGGCGACCGAUACCUCAAGUCGAUGCAAAAAGGCACUGUCGUGCCUCUGGAGAGCACCCCCAAGCAGGUCAAGGGCAGCAUCACGCUAAAGAUCCCCAAACCACGGGAAAGCGACGACGAAGAAGAGGAAGACUUGAAGUUCAACAAGGAAAAGGACAGCAAAAAGAUCAAAAUGGACCGCGAUGCGCUCAAAAACGAAAUUUUCAAACAAUUCGAAAAACGCGACUAUUGGCCGCUCAAGGAACUCAAUUUGCAUUGCCGUCAACCCGAGGCGUAUUUGAAAGAAAUCUUGCGCGAAAUUUGCAUUUACCACAAAAAAGGCCCCAACAAGAGCUGCUACGAACUCCAGCCCCACCUCAAAGGCCAACACAACAGCUAGGCGGUCGAUUUAUAACAAAGAGACACGCUGGGAUGCGAGAAAUAUAAUACGUUAUAUAGAAAUACGCGUUUUAGUGUGAAAUA